CACGUUUCCACCUCGUUCGCCCUAGCCGAUCAAACGAGAAAAUGGACCUUAUCUAUAUAGGUCUUUUCGCGCUACCUCUAUUCGUCGCCAUCAGAAGACGCAUCAAUCCCCUGUGGUGCCUCGAACGCUUUCUCCACCGAUGGGGAUUCCAGAACCUAGUUAAGCCCAUACGAGCAAUCAACAAAUCAUUCACCUCCGAGAAAACCAAGCAGAGAGAAAAAGAGCAGAUCCGAGCAUGGAGGCUAGUGGUACAGGAGUAUGAAGAGAUCUUGCAGCUUGAGCUGCACCUCCUUGAUGAGAAGGAAGAGUUGGAAGAAAAAAUGGAGCUUCCUGGUGGCUUGACCUCGGGUCAGGAAGCAGCGCUGGAGAAGGUAAACAAGGGUAUUGGGGGAAUCAGACCUAAGCUCUGGCAAAACGGGCAACAGUUUGUUGAUUUACACAUAGAAUGUGAGGACCUGUGAAAAUAACGCCGAAAAUGAUCACUUCUGAGGCCGUUUACGGCCGCAUUUCCACCCAUAACACUCAGCAGCAAGCCGCUGCUUUAACAUCUCACCACAUGCUUCACACCACUAUUCUGCACCCGCAAAGCAAUUGUUUAGUCACCAGCCUGCAGUAACUAAUGAUUGCACUCAACCUCAGUGAGCCUUCUCUCUGUUCCAAACUGAUGACCAAUGCAAUGCUGAAAAUGGCCUCCUCUUUAGCCAGAUAUAGCCCCCCUCUGUGACGGCUCAACGGCUCAACGCCAGACAAACAGCGCCAACAUAUCAAACGAUGCCAUACAAGCAAUAUGGGCAAACAAGGGCUUAAGCCGCACCACACAAAUGUGUAUAAAGACCGUUCAUCGCCUAGAUAGAUUUCCUUUUCUUCUUCUUCCCCAUAUUCGAUAUUCUCGU